AUGACGACUGCAGCAAGACCAACAUUUGAUCCAGCACGGGGAGGAACCGGACGAGGUGAAAAAGAUCUUAGUGCAAUAUCUCGUCAAUAUUCUAGUAGAGAUCUUCCAGGCCACACUAAACUAAAAUACAGAGAACAAGGUCAAGGUACUACAGAUGAAUUACGUUCAAGAGACUUCCGUAAGGAGUUAGAUGAAAGGGAGAAGGAAGUGAAAAGUUCUAGUACAAGGAGACCUGUAGAGCCCCCUACUAAGAGACCUAAAGUAGAUCAGGUUCCGGCAGCGAGCUUGGAUGCUGAUGAUCCUCUUGAAGGAGACUCGUCUGACUCUGAUGAUUCCGAUGAUGACACUGCAGCUUUGUUAGCAGAGUUAAACAAAAUUAAAAAAGAAAGGGCCAUAGAACAGGCUAAGAAGGAAGCUGAACGCAAGCAGGAAGAAGAAAGGAUUCGCAUGGAAAAUAUUCUGUCUGGAAAUCCAUUAUUGAAUUAUUCUUCAGCAGGACAGAAGAAUGAUAUGAAGGUUAAACGACGCUGGGAUGAUGAUGUUGUUUUCAAAAAUUGUGCCCGUUCUGAACCUGAGAAGAAAGGCAACACUUUCAUAAAUGAUUCUUUAAGAUCAGAAUUUCAUAAGAAAUUCAUGGAAAAGUAUGUUAAAUAG